AGUGAUUGAAGAGAAGAGAGCGUGUGCCGAUGAGUUUAUAGGGAUCGCGGCUGGAGGUCUGGAUUACAACGCUUUAAUUUCUCCGGAGACUGUGGGACAUUUGGGAGGUGGUUAACAAAAUUGUCAAGAACUGCCCUGAUGUUCCACGGAUAUUAGUUCUUCCAUGCAGCCAAGGCAUUGUGGAGGGCAUCAUAUUGGAUUCAUCAUACCCCUGGCGUCUCUAUACAAGUGACUUGUGUCCAGCAAAGGAUCUGUGCACCUACAGCUUGUUCCAAUGCUCAUGGGGAACUGCCUGCUGCUCUUCCUCUGGUGUCUCUUAGACAAAAGCUUUGUGUCUCCCCUGCACUCAAACCAGAGCAGGAUGGCGAAAGAGCACCACAGAAAUCUCAUGGCACAUAGGAAAUAUGGAAUGAUGGGAGCUCACAGAGUCAAGAGAGGAUGGGUGUGGAAUCAGUUCUUCGUCCUGGAGGAAUACAUGGGAUCCGAUCCACAGUAUGUUGGGAAGCUUCACUCAGACUUGGAUAAGGGAGAUAAUAUGGUCAAAUACACACUCUCAGGUGAAGGAGUUGGCUCUAUAUUCACUGUUGAGCCAAGCACAGGAGACAUUCACGCCUUAAGGAGCCUGGACAGAGAGGAAAAACCUUAUUACACGCUGAGAGCGCAGGCUGUUGAUGUUCUCACUGGCAGACCCUUAGAACCCCAGUCUGAGUUUAUUAUCAAAGUUCAGGACAUCAACGACAAUGAGCCAAGAUUCCUGGAGGGCCCGUACACAGCCAGUGUUCCAGAGAUGUCACCUGUCGGCACAUAUGUGACGCAGAUAACCGCCUCUGAUGCUGAUGAUCCCACAUAUGGAAACAGUGCACGGAUUGUGUACAGUAUCCUGCAUGGACAGCCCUACUUCUCAGUUGAUGCAAAAACAGGGGUCAUAAGAGUUGCCUUACCCAACAUGGAUAGGGAGGUUAAGGAAAUGUACCAGGUGGUCAUGCAGGCUAAAGACAUGGGCGGUCAGCUUGGAGGCUUAGCUGGGACAACCACCAUCAACAUCACUCUCCGGGAUGUCAACGACAACCCACCUCGAUUUUCUAAAAGUAUCUUUCACCUGCGGGUCCCUGAAUCUUCACCAGUGGGCUCAUCUGUGGGGAGGCUCAGAGCUCAUGAUCUGGACUCCGGGAAGAAUGCUGAUGUGGAGUACAGCAUUUUUCCUGCUGAUGGAGGAUCACUGUUCGAUAUUCACAGCAAUAAACACACUCAGGAGGGAACCGUGAUACUGAGAAAGCGUCUCGAUUACGAGACCAGGAAGGCGUACACCUUUAAAGUCGAGGCUUCAAACGUUGUUCUUGAUCAUCGCUUCCUACAUUUGGGACCCUUUAAAGACACGGCCACGGUGAAAGUGAACGUUCUGGAUGUGGAGGAGCCUCCUGUCUUCAGCCGGCCGUCCUAUAGCAUGGAGAUGUAUGAGGACACGCCUGUAGGCAUUAUCGUAGGAGCGGUUACAGCCGAGGACCUGGAUGUUGGCAACAGUCCUAUAAGGUAUUCUAUUGAGUGGAGAACGAACUCUGAAAACCACUUUGACAUUGAUCCCAUUGAGGGUACUCUAUCAGUCAAUGAUGCUCUGGACAGAGAAAGAAAUGCUGAACACAACGUCACUGUUGUAGCAACAAAAGUUAACAACCCCCUGCUGUCCAGCAAAGUCACUGUCACAAUCAAGGUGUUGGAUGUCAACGAGUUUCCUCCAGAACUUGCCUUUGAAUACGCGACAUUUGUUUGUGAAAAUGCAAAAGUAGGCCAGGUGAUUCAGAUCAUCAGCGCCACAGACAGAGAUGUGCCCGCCGUACAACACAGGUUCUAUUUCAAAUCCCCUUCGCACAUCAGAAACAGAAACUUCACAAUCAGGGACUAUGGAAAUAACACAGCUGGAUUGGUGACAAGACAAGGGGGGUUUCGGAGAAUGCAACAGAACGCGUACCUGGUGCCGGUAGUGGUGGAGGACGGCGGCUACCCGAUCCGAAGCAGCACGGGCACGGUGCUGGUGCGGGUGUGUGCCUGCGACACAGACGGCUCGAUGCUUUCCUGCAGUGCGGAAGCGGUCUUCUAUCCCAUGGGACUCAGUACUGGAGCGGUGAUGGCCAUACUGCUGUGCAUUGUCAUUCUGCUGGUCAUGGUGAUGCUCUAUAUAGGUGUAAGAAGAGACAAAAAGAAGGACACCCUGAUGUCGUCCAAAGAGGAUGUACGGGACAAUGUGAUCCACUAUGAUGACGAGGGCGGUGGUGAAGAAGACACUCAAGCCUUUGACAUCGGGACGCUGCGCAAUCCCAAAGGCAUUGACGAGUCUGCGCAGUCGCGAAAAAUAAGAUCGGAUGAUCAGUGUGGCGUGGCCGUGUCGACAGAAGAGGACGAGGACAUCAGAGCCUACAUCCAUCAUUGUCUCCAUGAGGACACCAUCAGCAACUCAGACCCUCCUUAUGACUCUCUUGUUACAUAUGCCUAUGAGGGAGAGGGCUCGAUUGCCGAAUCUCUCAGUUCCAUCGAGUCCUGGGUGCUUGAUUCCAAAGAGGAUUACAGAAGCUGGGGUCCUCGUUUCAAAACACUGGCCGGGAUAUUCAAAGAGCAUGAGUCUAAAACCACAGAGAACUCCGAAACUAGACCACACACUGAAGAGAGACUCGACUGAUGGCUUUUUUAAGAAUGCUGUGUGAAAAACUGUGUUUAUUUAUUUCGGGCAUGUUCCUUAAAGGGAUAGUUCACUCAAAAAAUAAACAAUUCUCUCAUCUUUUAUUUACCUUCAUGUCUUCAAAAACUUGUAUACAAAGGAAGAUAUUUUGAGAAAUUUCCUAGUGGUUUUGUGUCUACACGAUGGAAGUCAAUGGGGGCCAGUGUUGUCUGGUUACUAACGUUCUUUAAAAUAUCUUCUUUUGUGUUCUGCAGGAGAAAGAAAGCCUUGUUUGGAAUGACAUGAGGGCGUGUAAAUGAUUUUUUAGGUGAACUGUCCCUUUAAGUCGUAAAGAAUUCUGUGGUUAGGAAAAGACACUUUGAUAAGGUUGGCUAUGUGCCUUUCCUAUACCUCGUGCAUACUUUCACUCUUCUGUUCACUAUUUGGAAGAACAUGUCAAAUAGCAUUUUAAAGUUGGUUUUAUAAAUCUCCAAGUAAAUGAACCAAAAAUCCUUUUUCCAGGAUUCUGAGAUACGAAUAAGUGCCUCAUGAACUGCUUUUAUUGUCUCUUUCAACUGUUGACAUGGUUAUUCGCUUUGAUCCAAGUGAAGUCUGGACCCAAACUAUAUACCGUUGGCUACAAAAGUGGACCAGAAAGAGAUAUAUAGAUAAACAUUUCAUGUUAAAAAGCUCUCCACCCCCGCAAACCCUCUUUCCAGACAUUUUAACUAGCAUUUAACAGAAAUACUGUGAGGAUGAGCAUUGCAUCAAAGUUUUACAAAUGUCCAUGAACAUUGUUUGAAAAGCCCUCACUUAAAGCACCUGCCCGGGCUUCUUCCAUACCAAUGGAGUCCUUAUAUCUCCGGCCUUGUAUUGCGGUUCUCUUACAAUACACUUGAUAUUCACAGGCUCUAUCUCCCUGUUAUCUUCCUGUAUAACAGUUUUUCAAACACUCUUGAGUUCACCCUUCAGCAAUUCAUCAGAGAUUUGGUUUAUACUACAGCAUUUUUUUUAUUCAAGUGAUUCUGCGUUGGCCAGCCGAUUCAGAACAAUGUUUAUUUUUACCCAUUUUAUAUCAGAGUUUCCUUGACAGAAUUUGUGAAAAUCUAAAAAAAGACAAUGUGAAUCACUGA